GGUUUGAAGUCAAGGCAUGCCACGUGUUGGUCUUGUGGUGAAGGAAAGGAAAGUAAGUUUUCUCAGCGGGAAAGGAGGGACCCUUUUCUUAGUUCUAUUGUCAACCAAGUUCUAGAGGAACCUUGUCGCCUUACAAUAACGGAGCUCAUUCUCAAUGUUGUUGACGAAUUGAGUUGACGAGUGUUUGACUGGCAUAGCCAAUCUGCUACCAGAAAAUUAAGCAGCGUUUGCAGCAAGGAGGUAAACAAUACUUCUAUUACCUACCGCACUGACCAGUCUCCUCUGAUGGAAAAAUGAAGGUAAGGUGUUGUUUCAGACAAUAUGUAACGAAAAAAAUAGUCUUUGGCCUUGAACACGUUUCGCCAACCAUGAGUUUCAAAGUUGCAUUUUAUCUUCUGUAUUGAUUGCAAUUUGCUGAGGUUUGACACCUGAAAGCAGGAAGAUGGGGAACUCAUCGUGGCUUCUAUGUGAGUUUUGUCUAUUAGUUGUACUCUGAUACUUUUUGAUUCUCCACUUCCCCACAUGGACGAGAGGCUUUUUGAGGCUUCUCGCAAGGGUAACACCGCUACUUUGCUCCAACUUUUAGAGGAAGAUCCACUUAUUCUUGAAGAUAAUAGCAAACAUGCCUCAGUUGAGACUCCUUUGCAUAUAGCAUCCUUACAUGGGCAUACCGAUUUCGUAACGAAUAUUCUCAGACAGAAACCAGGAUUUGCUAAAGUCGUAAACAGCAAAGGCUACAGCCCCCUUCACUUGGCUUGUGUCAAUGGGCAUGUGGAAAUAGUGAAAGAGUUGCUGAAAGUUGAUGGGGAGAGUGACCAUGAGCUUUGCAGACGUAAGGACAAGAAGGGGAGAACACCUAUGCAUUUGGCGGUGAUUAGAGGGAGAGACAGAGUUGUUGCUUCACUGAUCUUAGCUUGUCCAGAGUCCGUGAGAGAGGUCACGGAUAUAGGGGAGACAAUUCUGCAUCUAACUGUGAAGAGUGAAAAUGGAUGUAAAAUGCUUAGAGGUUUACUUGAAGGGUUCAAAUGUAAGGAGAUGAUCAACUGGAAAGAUGAGGAAGGCAACACUGUUUUGCACUUGGCUGCUGUGAGGAAACAACAUGAGGUAAUAAAAUUGUUGCUAUUGCAACCUGAACUUGACGUGAGUGCAGUGAAUUCCAAUAAGUUGAAGGCCUUGGAUAUUUUGCUGAAAGGGCCUAAGCAAUCCAAUGAUCAAGAAAUUGUAGAGAUGCUCCAUCUUGCAAGCACUCCAAAAGCUGAUAAUCAAGAAUUACCAGAACAAUCUCAAGCAGAUGAGACUGUUGUUGAUGUAGAUACAAAGGGGAAAGACUCAACCUCAAAAACGGAUACCGCAAGUUCUUUUGAGUGGCUUGGCGAAAUGAUAAGAGGAUUGAUGGUAAUGGCAGUACUAAUAGCUACUGUGACGUUCGAAGUAGCAUUAAAUCCUCCUGGAGGACUUUGGCAGGAUGGGGUUUCUGCUGGUUCUAAUGUCACCAGGCUCAUGAAUAGCCGCAGACCAGGAAAAGCAAUUGCUGGAGAAACCUCACCCAACAGCCUCACUUGGUUUAUGGUAUGGGACUCCAUCGGAUUUUUAGCAUCGAUGAGCAUCAUCGUAGUGUUGACAAGCCCCUCGAAGCUCAACGGGAAUAAGAUCAGGUGGGAGUACAUUCGUUUAAUGAUGUGGGUGGUGAUAGCUUCGGUUCACAUGGUCUUCCUCUAUGGUGUUCAAAUAACCACUGCCUCGUAUAUCUUCAAACGAGCAGUGAUAGCGCCUUUUGUGUUUUUCUAUGGAGUUGUAGGUUUAUUAGCCCUGCGUUCAGGAUGUUCUUUAUUGACUGAGUGGUGUGAUCUGUUUAAGGAGUUAUGGACAAAGAAAAACAGAUAAGCUAAGCGUUUCGAUUCUUACCGCAAAUGUUUUAAGACAAUAUUGCCAAGGACAAAUUUAACUGGAACA